GUGUUCAGUAUUUUCGUACUAGCGUUUCUGGCAGACGGACAGCAGUGAAAUAUGGGUGGAGAAACUGUAAUUUUGGCCUACUCUGGUGGCCUGGACACUAGCUGCAUCCUCAAGUGGUUGUUGGACAAGCAGUAUGAGGUCAUCUGCGUCCUAGCCGACGUUGGCCAGAAGGAAGACUUUGCCGCCGCCGAGAAGAAAGCCCUAAAGAUUGGGGCAAAGAAGGUGAUCGUGGCUGAUGUGAAGCAGUCUUUCGUAGAGGACUAUAUUUGGCCAUCCAUACAGAUGGGCCUGGUCUAUGAGGAGCGCUAUCUGCUUGGGACUUCGCUGGCCCGGCCCUGCAUCAGUGUUGCCCUGAUGGAGGCGGCCCGCCAGAGCGGCGCUAAGUACCUGGCCCACGGAGCCACCGGAAAGGGAAACGACCAGGUGCGCUUCGAGCUGUGUGCCUACGCACUUAAACCGGACCUUAAGAUCAUCGCUCCCUGGAGGGAUGUGGAGUUCUGCCGCCAGUUCCAGGGUCGUCAGGAGCUCAUUGCCUAUGCGCAACAACACGGAAUCGAAGUGAGUGCCAAGCCGGCUACUCCGUGGAGCACCGAUGCCAACAUCCUGCACAUCAGCUACGAGUCCGGUAUCCUCGAAGAUCCCAACACAGUGGCUCCGGAUAAUCUCUACGAAAUGACCGUGGAUCCUUUGACCAAGGCGCCUCGCGAUCCCGUUCGUCUGGUCAUUCAGUUCGAACGCGGACUGCCCACCAGUGUGGAGGACUUGGCGAGCAGUCGGGUUUAUACGAAACCCCUGGAGAUGCUGGAGUUCCUCAACAAGCUGGGCGGAUCUUACGGCAUCGGUCGAAUUGACAUCGUUGAAAAUCGUUAUGUCGGCUUAAAGUCGCGCGGGGUAUACGAAACGCCUGGAGGCACCAUUCUAUAUGCUGCUCACCAGGACCUCGAGGUCUUUGCCUUGGACCGUGAAGUACUCCGCACCAAGCAAGUCCUGCGGAACCGCAUGGCCGACUAUGUGUACAACGGCUUCUGGUUCAGUCCGGAGGCGAUUUAUGCCCGGAAAUGCAUCGAGUUGGCCGAGCAGCGGGUCUCCGGAAAGGUGACCGUGGAACUGGCCCCUGGAUAUUGCCGCGCCGUUGCCCGAAAGGCGGCAGACGAUGUCGGAGCCCUUUACAACGAACAGCUCGUGUCCAUGGACGUCCAUGGUGGCUAUGUGCCACAGGAUGCAGGUGGCUUUAUAGCCAUCAAUGCUGUCAGGAUUAGGGAACAUGUCCGAGCGUUCGGCGCUUACGAAGUGCCAAGACAUGGCAAAUAAACAACGCUCUAACAUGCGACUAUAUAUAUAUAUUUUUUUAAAUUAACUUCGAUUUGUUUCUGUUAUUAAUGCUAAUCGAAAAUAUAUUGAGUUGUUUAAAAUUUUGUUAUUUUGUAAGUCUAUUUUUUUUUUCAUUCAUUCGCUUAUAUUACAUCUAAAAAGUGUAAGUGAGUGGCAAAUAAAAUGUAACGAUCAA